AUGAAGCGGACGCGAUGUCACGGAGAGGCGACGGCAACGUCUGCUGCACCUGCCGCCGCCACACACCAUCGUCCACAGCAGCCUCAAAGGAUUGAGGAGCGUGGAGCCAACAAUCGUGUGGUUGUGAACUCGCCGUAUGGUUACAAUCGAGCCCAGUACGGCUGGGGAACGCCUUUCCGCUCCACGCUCUCCACCUACCUGUGGGAGUGUCCGGAGCUUCACAUUGGCAUCAGCUCGCUCAGCGGUGUGCCUGGGAAGGAUCGACGCAUGAAGACACUUUUCUGCCAGUACGCCAAGAAGUUUAACUGCCUGGAGCAUUGCUACACAUUUCACAAUAUGGGCGAUGAGGCAAUGUGGAAAAGCUGGGAGCACCUCUGUGCCUCCCAGUCGACUGCGUCGCUUUCAUUGCCAUCACCAUCGUCUCAUGCAUGCGUGCAAGCCAGCACUCUUGCGACGCUGAGGGGGCAGAGGGGGGAGAUCCAUGGCGGUGGUGAGGAUGCUAAUGACAGGACGAAGAAGAACAGUCCACAGAAAGAAGGUGUUGUGAAAGCUAGAACGGGCAGUCAAAAACCUCCCGUGUUUAUGUUUACUAUCAAAGCAAAUCAAUAUUUAACACACAUCCGUAUGUUGACUAUUGAUGCCAAAACAGAGGAACACAUCAUGCACUUCUUUGUGGAGCGAUGCCUUUUACUGGGGCGACACUGUGGGCCCGUGCUACUGCAGCUUCCCCCGCGGUUCCGGAAGAGCCUUGCUCACAUGGAGCGCAUAGAGGCUGUCGCCGCCUGCAUUCCGAAAUCUAUUCGUGUUGCCGUGGAGUUUCGAGACCGUUCAUGGUAUGAUGAAGAGGUUUAUACACUUCUUCGUCGCGCCGGAUGGGCGUUGGUCGUGGCGCAUCACCAUGACGAUCUCACUGCGUCAGUGCACGUGAACACAGGAGUGGAUUUCAUGUACGUUCGUCUGCACGGCCCCAUUGGUGUGCACGUUGGGGACUACGGGCCGGUUGUGUUAUCGCAGUGGGCGGAGCGUGUCGUUGAGUACAUCCGUGACGGGGUGGCAACGACAGUGGCCCCACCACAACUGCAUCCCGCUGCAGCUGUUACGCGUAAGCGAGAGGUGUACUUCUUUUUUAACAACAGCGAUUCACACCUUGGUGGAACCACAAGUUCGACUGUGGAUGCCACGUUUUUAGCUCAGCGUGUGAGGGAGUUACUUGCCGAAGAAAACCAGAGCUGCGUGAUCUCUGACAGUCACAGCAGCAACAACAGCCGCAGCGGUGUGGACAAUCCGGUGAUUAUCAGUGAUUAG